AUGGAGGAUAUGGUUUGCAAUUAUCGAAAGUGCAGGCAAAGUCUCAAUUCAAAUGCAUGGGUGACAUCUUGCUCUCAUAUUUUUUGUGAUGAGCAUGGAUCAAAAGAAUUUAAUAAGAAAGCUCUUUGUCCUGCAUGCGAUAACAACCUACCUGGAAAGUUUGAUGUUAUACGGAUUGAUCUAUCCCCAUCAGAGCAGUAUAAAUCUAUGGUGUUAGCUGGUCAACGACCUGAAAUCAUAUUAGAAGUUUGCUCAAGGGCACUUGCAUUUUGGACCUACCAGAUAGAGCAGGAGCGAACAUAUCAGGAUUAUGUGUCCAAGAAAGCAAAGGAGAGGAAUACACAGAUGGAACAAUACUGUGAACAACUUCUCAACAGGACACAAACGGAAGUCUCUAGUUUGAAAUCUCAAAUUUCAGCACUGCGGAGAGAAGUUGAAGGAACCAAAAAGCGAUACAAUGAUGUUUAUGAGAAACUUGUUGAGAAAAACAGACAACAUCAAAAGCUACAGCUGAUGUAUGAUUCUCUGAGGAGGAAAUCAAUAACUGUGACCAACAUGGAUUCCAUAGAAGGGAAUGGAGCCACAGGACCAGGAGGAGGUGGAGGAGACUUUGAGAUGCCUAUCUCAUUUGUUGAAAGUCACAAAAGAUCAUCAGCAGAAGAGAAGAGAAUGAAAUCAGCACCUGCUGAACGUGAGUUUGUUUUGAAUCCUACGAACACACCACUCCAUGGUCAGUCAGAUAAUGAUUCCAUCUACAACCGAUUCAACCUGGAGCUUGGAACGCCUAAUGAAAUCUCUCGAAGGUUGGGUCAUCGUAAAAUGUAGUCAUAAAGGUCUUAAACUUUGCAUAUUUGUUUGUAUAUACAAGUUAAGGAUUAAACUAUAACCUCUUAUUCAUUAAUUGUAAAUGGCAUUAGAGUUCUAAAGUUCAAUUUUUUAUCAAUGUAAUUCAAGUAGACCUUUGUCUAGAAUGUGAUCUUGGUAUAUUGAUGUUUACAUUGCUUGUUUUACAGUCUAAUUUCACAUGGUCAGAUUUUCAACUACAGGGUGUAUCAAUAAAAGCAAACCAAACUCUUCACUAGAGCUGUUCAUGAGAAAAUUGUCUAAUAUCAUGAUGACACAUGCAACACUUCAAUAUAUGAAAUAUCGGCUGGUGAAUGA